AAGAGAGGGACCACACAGCUUCAAGUUCUCCAGCUCACAGAACUCCACAAGAGACACACAUGACGGCAGGAGAUCAACCUAUACGACACAACGAUGAUGAUGGCAUCAGCACAGACUCAUUUGCUGCUCUAGAAAGCACAUUUCUCAGAUCUGUCUGCAAGAAAAAGCCAUUGGAGGAUAAUCUGCACGGAUCUGGAGGACACUGAAUGGAAGUAAAUAGAUAAGAGGAGGCGAAAGAUACAAACGGGGGUGCGACUCAUUCAACACCGAGCUCUCCUUUUCGAGUCCACACUGGGAUUUUGUUUCGUUGUAGACAACACAUUGUGCACGAAAGGAUCUGGAUUUAGCGGUGGGAGAGUCGGGAAGCUCCGUUUUAUUGAGCCAUGAAGAAGAACAGUUCAACAAAGCGGGGCCCUCAGGAUGCCAAUCAACUGCCCAUGCAGCCCGACAAAACUGGCUGGAUUCGCAAGUUCUGUGGCAAAGGAAUUUUCAGGGAAAUUUGGAAAAACAGAUUUGUUAUACUGAAAGGAGACCAACUCUACAUUUCUGAAAAAGAGGUCAAAGAUGAGAAGAAAAUCCAGGAGGUGGUGGAUCUCACCGACUACGAGAGGUCUGAAGAACUUCGCAAAGCCAAGAGCAGGAGCAAAAAAAAUCACAGCAAGUUCACGCUUCUGCGUUCACGGCAGCCAGGCAACACGGUCCCAAAUCUGGUGUUUUUGGCUGUCAGUCCAGAAGAGAAGGAGUCAUGGAUCAAUGCAUUUAAUGCAGCCAUCACUAGGGCCAAGAAUCGCAUAUUGGACGAGGUGACAGUGGAAGAGGACAGCUUGUUGGCCCAUCCGACGCGUGACAGAGCUAAGAUACCCCAUACUCGUCGUCUGCCCACCCGCGGGCACCUCAUGGCUGUGGCUUCUACCACAAACUCGGAUGGCAUGCUGACACUUGACCUCAUCCAGGAAGAAGAUGUCCCCUCCACACAGGGUCAGGACUCUCGUGAGGAUACCCUCGAUAAAGCUGCUUCUCAGCGCACACCAGAUUCCCAGCGCUCCAUCAAGGACACCUCAAAGCUCUCAACCUGUAACGAGACCCCUGGAAAGUCCCAGAGUCUGCCGCGAAAAAGCGAGAGCGCCUUCGACUGGUCGGAGAACCACAGGACGCCGCAGCUCCGCAAAAAACCGCCCACAUCCGACAAGAACCGCUGCGCUUCCAUGGAUGAGAUCCUGACGCAUUGCGAGACGCGAGCACUCCCUCACUGCUCGACUUCGGCGCCCGUGCAGCCCAUCAGCCAGCUCCAGGAUCUCAUCACCCAGAAGCUAGAAAGAACUCAAGAGCUGCUGACGGAGGUACGGGUGCAGGGCAAGGGGAAGGGCUCGCCGGCUGGGAAGAGCUCUAGUCCGGAGGGUCAGCGGAUGGAGGCAGAGAGGCUUCUGGAGGAGGCGGCGUCCACUUGGGGACAGGCUCGUGACGUGCUGGAGGAAGUGAAAGAACUCAGAGCGUUGUACAAGCAGCUUGACUCCGCCUCUUCCGUCACACUCAGUCCUCCACAGAACGGCAAACUAAACAGCCCUCAACAAGCAAACCACCGGAAAAGCAUGAUGUGAGAACAUAAAAGUCCUCCAUGGCGUCAUUUUUCAAUGGACUCUUCCUGUUGACUGCUUUCGCUGGAAUCAACAAAAAGCGAAUAACAUGAGCUAUAAGUGUAUGUAUGAAUUGUUAAAGAGCAAAUCUAGUUUCUUCCAUUCCCUAAUAUCAGCGUCUGGUGGUUUUACCAAACACAAGCUGUUGCAUUGUACCCUGCGGUAUCAGUUUUCACAGUGAUGUCGACAGGAACAGUAAAAGCACCGAGUCAUCGAGCAGCCCAUCAGGUUAAGACAGGGUGAGAAACACCAGACGGCGGUGAUGUUGUUGUCAUCACCAGCCUAUCACAAUGUGAAUGUUUUCCUUCUGUUUCAUAAUACACUGGAGGAGCUUCGUUUCGAAAUGGUCAUUUUUGUAUGUAAUAAUAAUAAUAAUGCCCAGCACAUUUGCUCUGCUAUCAACACAAACCAAGCUCAUAAUAAGAUGCAAUCAGGGUGCAGCCAAAGGCAAUUGGCGGGAACGAUCACGGAUAGCAGAGCGUGUUCCUUGUCCGGCGGCGCUCAAUAUCCCGUCAGAUGGGUUCUAAUUGUGAACAAAGCCAUGAACAUGAACACAGAUGACGUCUGGUGCCAGUGUUGCUGUGGAAAGUCAGCUGCCAUUAAAGACGAGACUCCAUGCAGUAAAGGAAACUAUUAAUAAUAAUUACACAUUUGCACUAUGGAGAAUGCUGUAAAACGAGAGUGACACUGGCAAGCUAUCUUUUCAAACCUAAGAGGCAGAACAGACAAUCUACUGUAGGUAGGGAAACAUGGGUCGUGUAGCGCCAAGUCUUUACACCUAAGUGGUAUUUCCGAAAAUGUUGGUAUCUCUCAAAAUCAAAAGCUGCCUUAGUGUAUUUUCAAAAGGGCACAUGCAAACUGCAAAACUCUUCAAAGACUCUGAAUGCUUGUAUAUUUUAAUUUUCCUAAAUUUCGCCUACAAGUUGCCUGCACCUCAAGAGAAGCUUUUAAAGCAGGAUUUUAUUUUGCUUGCGCUUUGCUUUGCAGGAUUUUUGUCUCUGGGGAACUAUGCAAGGUUGCAUGGGUGAAACUCAGAAACCGGUCAAGAGUCAUAUUUCACCCCAAAAUUUCUUUGAGAAAAGGAAGAAAUUGUGUUUUGCUUAAAGUACAUGAAGCUUAUUUGCUAAUUUAAUUUAGCAAGUAGUUUAAUUUUAUGAAUUUGUUAUGAAAAUUAAGCACAUUUCCCUACCGAGUUCUUAUUACCGUAAUUAAUUUAUUCUGAUAAAAAAUGUUUAAAAAAUGUAUUUUUGUAAUAUAAAAAUCUGAAUAUAAUUAAUUACCAGUGUAUAACAGGUGCAUAAAAAAGAAAAAAGUCAAAAAGGAAAAUAUAGUUCAUUUUCUUUAUGCAAUAUAUAAUUUCUACUUCUUUUUUUUUCUUAAUUUGGGUGUAAAAUGUGACCCAGACAAGUUUAGUGAGAUUCCCCCACAUAUAAGCUUGAAAUAAUCCACAGGUAUCAGGAUUUACUGGCAGUGUGCAGUACGGUAUUGCGUUCAACGACCAAAGGGUAUGUCUUGCCAGUAUAAAACACCUUGUUUUACAGUUAGUAGCUAAAUAAUGUGUUUGCACAAUUCUAUGGGUACAGGUCAGCCUGUUCUGUUACGAAGACUUGAUUAUAAACAGUGUUAUAUUUUUUGUACAUUUUAUUGUAAAGUGCUUUUUUGUAGAGAAAGACUUUGAGGAAAGUUUUUGCUUUUUAAACGUUUGACUUAGAAAACCACUUCCCUUGAAACGCAACUCAACCGGACAUUCCUUGCUUCUGGAAUCUUGUCAUAAAAAAACUGUAAAUUUCCGCUUCCAAAGGUAAUAAAGCACAAAGCCUAUGGCAGUCCUUAGCUUUUUUUUUUUUAAAGUAUGGUUAAAUAAUUGCUUUUAUUCACUACCACUCACAUUUUAAUUUCUAUUCUUAUCAUGUUAUCGCCACACAGAUGCCAAAGGUUUUCUGUACCUCAUACAACUCUUAUCUCAAACAGAGCAAUGUUUUGUGAUCUUUUCAGGUUUAAUCAGAUGUUAGCUGACUGUGUUAUGAUCUGAUUUUUCUGACAGUGCCAGCCGAAGGUGAAUCUAAUUACCCGAGCAGCUGUCAGGUAGCCAGGAUCAUAUUAGGGUCAUAUUAGAUUACAUCAAAACCAAUCCUGACAUCUUUCCUAUCGCACAGCUCCUAUCACAUAGAAUAACAGAAACAGAGCCAAAUUAUUCCUGUACUUUGAUAGUCAUACAUUAAUCAUUUAUGACACGUUUACUUUAAGUUGACAUCAUAAACAAUGUGACUGCUUAGAGCUGAUGUUUCCUUCAUGCUUUUUUGAACUAUUUAUGUAUGCCAUAAGAUUGUUCACCUGUUGUCGCUAUUUUUCUGAUCUUCUGCAGACCUUUGAUCAAAUGUGAAUGAAGUGGAACAUCUCUCGUUUGGCUCUUGACUGUGUUAUUGUGGUCAGACUAGUAAUUUUGCAUAGGGAUGUUGUAUUUGUGAGCUAGUGCGUCAGUGCUAGACUGACACUGGAAAAAAAAAAAAGUCUUAUGCAAUCAGAAAGGAACAAACUAUUGAUUUUGCUUACUACAAAUAACAGAGUCUGGCUAUUUUAAGGUUCAUGUUAAAAACAUGCGCAUUAAUACAGAAGAAAACCUGAAUGUUUUUGGAAUUUUUCGAUUCCAUUAUCCUCACAAACCCACAAUCUCUCAGAUGGACAGUUUAGUUACAAGCUGCUGGUAAACAACUCAGAUACUCAAAUGUCUUUUCUGCUCUUGCUAAUCACAUUUAUAUGGACAAUUGUAAAUCUCUAUGUACAUUAUUUCACAUUUCUGUAGCUAAUUGUAAAUGGGGGUCAGUUUGCAAUGUGGAGAGCAGAACCCUGUCAAUGGGUGUUUGUAAGCUCAGGACCGGCUAAUCACUGAUGUACUUGAGACACAACCACUUGUGCAAUUAAAGUGAUCCUCAUUCAACA